AUGUCUCUUGAAUCAGCUACCCCCAGGGAGGUCCCUCUGCCUCCAGUGCCCUCUGAUAAUUAUUUUUCGGAGCUGCAAUGGAAGACGCUAUUUGCCUUGGCUGAUACCGUCAUUCCCUCCAUACACAAUGCUGCAACAACCAGAUCAUCAUCCGAUAAAGUCAUCUCGGAUGCAAAGUGGAAUUCUACAGUGGCCAACCUGUCUAGCUUGAUCGGUGGGCCCGAUGCGACAAAGAUCGCGACUCAAUAUCUACAGGAAGAUGUGUCUUCAAACCCAGUUUUCCGCAGCAUCGUGGUGCGCAUCCUGGGCAACUAUGUGCAUGACGAGGGACGGAAUGGGUUCGGCUUGAUCAUGAAUGCGCUCAACACCCGCGCGGGCUCAUUGAUUUUGACCGGCUCAACAACUCCCAUUCAAGACCAACCGGUGGAAUUUCGGGAGAAGGUCUUCCGCGGGUGGGAUACUUCGCGAUUACCCCCUAUGCGUACGGUCUAUCGAGGACUCUCGGCCAUUGUAAAGAAAGCCUGGGCUAUGAGCAGCCCAACAAUCGGCUCUGUGCUGGGUUUCCCACGAGUUCCCGUCCACGGUAAGCCCGCUGAUGGCUUCCAAUAUGAAUUCCUGCAAUUUCCUCCAGGAGACCAGCCAGAGACGAUUGAGACUGAUGUUGUUAUCGUCGGAAGUGGCUGCGGCGGUAGCGUAACUGCGAAGAACCUGGCCGAAGCAGGUCAUCGCGUGCUGGUCGUCGAAAAGUCCUACUCCUACCCGUCCAGCGCCUUCCCCAUGGGCCCGAGUGAGGCUUACGUCAAUAUGUUCGAGAGUGGAGGCGCUGUCUUCAGUGACGAUAGCUCCAUGGCUGUCCUCGCGGGCUCGACCUGGGGAGGCGGUGGCACCGUGAACUGGUCCGCCGCUCUACAGACUCAGGGGUAUGUUAGACAGGAAUGGGCAGAUACUGGUCUGCCAUUCUUCACCUCUCUCGACUUCCAGAAGAGUCUCGAUCGCGUCUGUGACCGCAUGGGCGUCAAUACUGAGAAGGUGCAACAUAACCACCAGAAUAGUGUGAUUUUAGAGGGUGCCCGGAAACUGGGCUAUGCAGCCAAAACGGUACCUCAGAACACUGGACACGGCGAGCACUACUGCGGGUACUGCACAUUGGGAUGCCCGUCAACGGGCAAGAAAGGUCCGACUGAAUCAUUCCUCGUUGACGCAGCUCAGGCCGGUGCUACAUUUAUGGAAGGAUUCAAGGCCGACAAAGUGCUAUUCACCAAGGUCAAGGGCAAGCAGGUCGCUUCCGGCGUGAAGGGAGUUUGGAAGUCGCGGGAUUCAUACUUGGGACUCAGCGGCCCCGGUGUAAUUGAGCGCCAGGUCAUCAUCAAGGCUAAGAAGGUCGUUGUUUCGGCUGGUACCUUGCAUAGCCCCCUUUUGUUGCUGCGCAGUGGUCUGAAGAAUUCUCAGAUUGGUCGUAACCUCCAUCUUCACCCAGUUGUCGGAGGUGGUGCUAUCUUUGACGAGGAGACCCGCCCUUGGGAAGGCUCUGCGCUGACAACGGUGGUCAAUGAGUUCGAGGAUCUUGAUGGGCAUGGACAUGGUGUGAAGAUUGAGUCGGUGUCAAUGAUGCCCUCUGUUUUCAUUCCCGUAUUCCCCUGGCGAGGAGGAUUGGAGUAUAAGUUGUGGGCGGCCAACAUGCGUCGCAGCACGAGCUUCAUCACACUGACCAAAGAGCGUGACACCGGGCGCGUGUAUCCAGAUCCUGUUGAUGGACGAGUUCGUGUGGAUUACACCGUAUCCGCAUUUGACCGCAAGCACAUUGUGGAGGCCCUAGUCGCUAGCGCCAAGAUUGCCUACAUCUCGGGCGCCAAAGAAUUCCACACCACUUACCGCGACCUUGAUCCCUUCAUCCGGCCUGAGACCUCGGAUCCAAAUGCCCCCGAAGGCACCAAUGACGCGGCCUUGCAGAAUUGGAUCGCAGAGCUUCGUCGGAAGUCGCCCUUGAAUCCCGAGCGUGGCUUGUUCGCCAGUGCACACCAGAUGGGUACCUGUCGGAUGGGCAAGUCACCUAGGUCGAGUGUUGUGGACCCGAACUGUCAAGUCUGGGGUACGGACGGCUUAUAUGUUGUCGAUGCAUCUGUGUUCCCCAGCGCUAGCGGUGUGAACCCCAUGGUCACCAACAUGGCCAUUGCGGAUUGGGCCAGUCGAAACCUCGCGGAGAAGAUGGGAUCCGUUCAAGGUGCCGUAAUGGCUCGUCUGUGA